UUACAAAAGGGAACCCUUUUCACCGCCCACGCCACGCCCCUUUUGGAGGAAGCGGCCAAUCAGGUUGCGGCAAGGAGAGUACUUUAAACCCAGCGAUGCUGUUCAGGGCUUUGCUUGCCUGGCUGAGAAGGAAGCAGCUGCUGAAGGUGGUUUACAUUCAAGAUGUGGGGACCAUUGAUAGUGUGUCUAGUGUUAGGUGGGACGGUGUUUUCUCUUCGGUGCCCAGAUGGAAACCGGUGUGAAGGAUCCUCCAUUUGUUGUCAGCGCCCAGGAGAGAGUGGAUAUGCCUGCUGCGACAAAUCUCAGUUUGUGGGAGCCUCCCAGCUCAUGCUUCCCCCAGACAGUGUGAAUGAGCUCUCCAGGACUGUGUGUCCUGAUGGUAGCAUUUGCCCAGCGGACCAUUCCUGUUUGCAUACAGUGGAUGCUACCUUUGCCUGCUGUCCCUGGAAAGAGGCCAUCUCCUGUGCUGACGGACACCAUUGUUGCCCCCUGGGCUCUCACUGCAGUGCUGAUGGACACUCUUGUGUACAGAGCGAAGUGGUAACCCUUCCUGCCUCAGUCAGUGCCGUUCAGUGCCCAGACCAUGAAUACGAGUGCCCAGAUGAUGCCACGUGUUGCCAGAUGCUUGACGGAUCCUGGGGCUGUUGCCCAAUGCCAGAGGCAUCCUGUUGUUCUGACAAGAUCCACUGCUGUCCUCAUGGCACAUCUUGUGAUCUGGCACAUGAACGGUGCUUCUCAGCCUCCCAGGAGUGGGCUCUUUCAAAGAAGUUCCCAGCAAAGAAAAAAGCCCUGGUGUUAAGUCUGGCUGAAAAAAAUAUCUGUCCAGGUAAACGGUCUAGCUGUCCUGAUGUUGCCACCUGCUGCCUUCUUCCAACCGGCCAGUAUGGCUGCUGCCCUUUACAGAAUGCUGUGUGCUGCAGCGACCACCUUCACUGUUGUCCGCAGGGCACCACAUGUGACCUGUCACAUUCCAAAUGUAUAAUGACUUCGCGCUGGUCAUGGCCCAUCACCCGCCUCUCUGUGGACCUCCAAAAAGCUCAUGACGUUCAGUGUGAUUUAGAGUACAGCUGCCCAACUGGGAACACUUGCUGCAAAACAGCCUCAGGCGAAUGGGGGUGCUGCCCCCUUGAAGAGGCUGUGUGCUGCACAGACCACAUCCACUGCUGCCCAAAUGGUUACCAAUGUGACCUGGAAGAGGGCAUCUGCAUGAAAGAAGGCAGAAGUAUCCCAUGGCUUGCAAAGACAAAUGCAAGAUCUGCAGCAGCCUCUACUGGUAUGGUAGUGCCAUGUGAUACCCAGACUACCUGCCCAGAUGGCCAAACCUGUUGCCGCUUACUAUCAGGUGCCUGGGGCUGCUGCCCAGUACCACAGGCUGUAUGCUGUCCAGACCACAUCCACUGCUGUCCUAAUGGCUACUCUUGUGAUCAGUCGACGGGUUCUUGCUUCAAGAGGGGAGACUACCUCCCUUGGCUGGAAAAGAAACCUGCAAUCCUAGGCGUUGCCUCUGAGAGCCGGGAUGUCCGAUGUGAUGAUGAGACAAGCUGUGCAGAUGGGCAGACAUGCUGCAAGACGACGACGGGCGAGUGGGGCUGUUGCCCUUUACCAGAGGCUGUCUGCUGUGCUGACAGUGUGCAUUGCUGCCCUAAUGGCUACUCUUGUGAUGUUGCACAUGGCUCCUGCAUCAAAAGUGAGGGCUCUUCUCGGCAGCACUUCAUGAUUCUCAAUCUAGGAAGACAGGUUAGGGAUGUGAAAUGCGAUGACCAAACAAGCUGCUCAGAUGGGCAGACAUGCUGCCGGUUGGCAUCAGGCGAGUGGGGAUGCUGCCCUUUCCCCAAGGCUGUCUGUUGUGCAGACCAUGUGCAUUGCUGUCCCAAUGGCUACACUUGUGACCCAUCCAGGGGCACCUGUUUGGAGUCACAGCAUUCCCUGCCCUGGGCACCCAAACUACCUGCCCAGAUGCUGCAAAGCCAAGGCAUUCCCUGCAAUGACACUGUCAGCUGUGAGGAAGGCCAGACGUGCUGCAAGAGUGUGUCAGGUGCUUGGAGCUGCUGCCAAUUGCCCAACGCUGUUUGCUGUGAGGAUCACCAACACUGUUGUCCCUCUGGCUACACCUGCAAUGUGGCAGCUCAGACUUGUGAGAAACAGGAGAAGCCCAAGCCUCUGGCUUCAGGGGGCCUUCAGAUGUCUUCACAAGUUUCCACCUCCAGCCUGGAUGUGUCCUGUGGUGACCAACACUACUGUCGUGAUGGACAGUCCUGCUGUAAGGCCCAGUCAGGCGGGUGGGCUUGUUGCCCCUAUAAAAAGGGAUCCUGUUGCCGUGACAGACGGCACUGCUGUCCACCAGGCUUCUAUUGCUCUCCUUCAGGAUUUGAGUGCUACAGGAAGUGGGCCCCCCGUUGGGACAUUGGUGCCUUCUCUUCUCCUUCUGCCCAAGCACGCCUGUUCCUUUGAAGUGCCUUUUGGCAUGGACUUGCCCCAUGCAUGGGGGCUAGAGUGAGCUCAGCUUCUUUCAGGGAAGGGCUUUUCUGCCAAGUUGCUCAUUGGCCCUGAUGGAUCCCUGUUUUUUUUAAUACUUGCUGCCUCUGUGGGUGGAAGAGGCCUUCUUUUGCUCCUAUUUUCUGGUAUUGCCUGAACAACAAGCCCACCCACCUGUGGCCAGUUCUGGCCUUCUAGAAUCCUAUGGUUCACUACAGUGGCCUCCUAGAAUCUUGGAGUUGACAUCUUCGCUUUUUUCCUCAGAUGAUUUCUGGGGCUUGAUGUCUGUCAUUAAUGUUUUUUAUUUGUAUUAUGUAUGUUUUAUUUUGUUUACUUUCAUGCACUUUCUGAAAAUAAUGGUAAUCUUGACACUGGCUUGGCAGCUGCAUUUUUUCUGCCAUAACCUAGGUGAGUAACAUCCCAUAUAUCCUGUUUUGAAGGUGUUGCUCCCUCUCUGGUGGGUAAAAGCCAGCUUCUCUGUCCUUGCUGUUGUAUGCACAGUUUGUGGGGAUGAGUAGAGAUCCAUAAGUCUCUAGAUCAUGUUCCCAAGGCAUCUUGAACCACUGGAAACUUAAGAUGGGUGCAGAGACAUUCCUGUCUUUCCCCAUCUUGAGAUCUUACAAUAUUUCCCACUUGUCUUUUUCAGUUUACAGCCUUACAUCCCAUCCUUUUUUUUUAUUGCUGCAAGUAUGUACAAGUUUGGUGCUGGAAUAAAUUGGAAUAAACUAUGUGUGGGUGCCCCCCCCCCCCCCCCAGUAUAGGUCUUGAUUUUGCCACCUGAGGACCUGGGGGAAGUCCUCUUAUAGUCCAGGUAUUAAUACUUGCCCUGUGACUUUCCACAUCCUUCUUGCAAAGUAGGCACAAUCAGUGCUUGUGCUCUCUUACUCUAUUCUUCUAUUUCUUUCUCCUGUGCUAAUCAGAGAGUCUCCACUCAUUGGCGACAAAAUGAUUUAUUUCAUUGUGUUUGCAGACUUUGAUACUGUGGUUACAAAUGCAAGACUGAAAAAAUCCAAUAAACUGGUUGAUUUUAAAAGUUGA